AUGGCCCAGAAGAACCAAGACCCUCCAGGCAAGGUGGCCCAGGAGGCCAAUAAAGACAAGUGCAUCUACUGCAAUGAAUCCCUGCAGGGGAAGAAGUAUGUGCAGAAGGAUAGCCAGAACUGCUGUGUGGAUUGCUUUGACAAGUUCGGCGCCAACAUUUGUGAGGAGUGUCACAAACCCAUCUGCGUGGAGUCCAAGGAGGUGCAGUACAACAACCACUACUGGCACGACACCUGCUUCCUCUGCUCCCUGUGCGCCCAGCCCGUGAGCGAGGACACCUUCGCAGUCAAGGACAACAAGAUCUACUGCAAUAAGUGCUCCCUGCUGGACAGCAACACCCUAUGCAGGGGCUGCCUCCAGCUCAUCAAGACAGGAGAAGAGAGCGUGGAGUACAAUGGCAUUGUGUGGCACAAAGACUGCUUCACCUGCAGCAACUGCCAUCAAGUCAUUGGCAUCGGCAGCUUCUUCCCCAGAGGGAAUGAGUACUACUGCGUGUCGUGCCACGAGGCCAAGUUUGCCAAGCACUGCACGAAGUGUGGGAAGGCCAUCACGAACGGAGGAGUCACCUACCAGGACCAGCCCUGGCACUCGGAGUGCUUCGUGUGUGCCCACUGCUUCAAGGAGCUGGCCGGGGAGCGCUUCACCACCGUGGAGGACCGCUAUUACUGCGUGGAUUGCUACAAGAACGUCGUGGCCACCAAGUGCGCCCAAUGCAAGAACCCCAUCACAGGCUUCGGCAAAGGUUCCAGCGUGGUGACCUAUGAAGGAGAAUCCUGGCACGACUACUGCUUCCAGUGCAAGAUAUGCUCCUCAAACCUGGCCAACAAACAUUUCGUGUUCUACGAGAGGGAGGUUUACUGUCCUGAGUGUGCGAAAAAGCUGUAA